GGGCAAUCAGCUAAAAGUUUAUUCUUUUAUUUGUAAUUAUAUUAUCUGAGAGAUGAAUUUAAUCUUAAUUAACAUAAUAAGCUCGCUUAAUAAUAUCCCAAUUGGUUAAUAAAAACAUCCAAAAGUAAAAAACAAAAAAAUUAAUUCAGUAUGGUACAUUUUGCUUAAAUUUUAAAAGCAAAUAUUAAUAAGAAUAAGUGAACUAUUUGUCAGAAUAACCAAAUUGUUCUAUAUUUAGAAGAGUGAUACUUAUCAUGGAUGCUUUAUAUUUAAUAAAUUUAAAAAAUGGCAUUCUAUUUCAUAUAUAUCAGGGAUUCGACCACCGAGUGAAAUAUACCUGAAAGAGUAAAAAGAAAAGAAAAGAAAAAUCGAUUAUGAGUUAGAGAUGUGCUAAAACUUUUGGAGAUUAGAGGACACCGGACACAGACUAUUGUAUUUCAAUGGAGCAAGAGAAAUAGAGAAGCAAGAUUUGCCUUAUAUAAGAGAGUUAAGUGUUAAAAAAACCAUUCAGGCUUAAGCUAAAAGAGGUAACUCAAGAUCACUAUAGUGAAGUUUUUCAAAGAAAAAAAAAAGAGAAAGGAAGUAAAAAGAAAAAAACACUGGGUGGCAGAAGAAGAAGAAGAAGAGGAGAGGGGAAGGCAAUCAAUCUUUUCUACGUCCAUAUGUCUGAAUAGAGAGAGAGAGAGAAAGAGACAGAGAAAGGAAAGGUGAAAAGGAAAUGACAAUGGAAAUGGAAAAGAUAGGAUGUUUGUCCCACGUGGAGAGUUCGCACGUGGCUGCAACUGCGGCGGUUGGAAGUUGAUACUGUCACUCACUCCCGCAUGUAUGUUUGCUUCACGCAAUCUUUCUUGCUUCUACUGCUCUCUCUCUCUCUCUCUCUCUCUUUCUCUUUGCCGUGGCUUUAAAGUUUGAAACAAGUACUCCAUAACCAUAACCAUAACCAUAACCUUCUUCUCUCGCUACAAAUUUAAAACAAAAGAACAAUUGCACCUGUCCUUUCAAAUGACCCACCACCAAAAGACCUUCCCUUUUUCACUUAUAAUUAUCAAACUCACUAACAGACAAACCUAAACCCUAUCUUUCUCUUAAUUAAAUGCCCACCUCCUCUUCCCCUCUCCUCUUUAGCUUUCUUUCUUUUCUUCUUCUCCUUCUUUCUCUCUUUACUACUACUUGCUAGCUAGAUAGACCCCACGUGACAAAGUAACCACAAGUGGAUAAUCUCUGUAAGAAGCAAGACUUAGAAAGGAAAGAUGAAUGGUGGAGGUGGGCCUUGUGGUGCCUGCAAGUUUUUGCGGAGAAAGUGUCUUAAAGGGUGCAUCUUUGCACCUUAUUUUGACUCGGACCAGGGCACGGCUCACUUCGCAGCAGUGCACAAGGUGUUUGGUGCUAGCAAUGCCUCUAAGCUGCUCUUGCGCAUACCUGCCCAUAAACGCUUUGAUGCGGUUGUUACUCUUUGUUAUGAAGCUUUGGCUAGGGUUAGAGACCCUGUUUACGGCUGUGUCGGCCACCUUUUCACUCUCCAACAGCAGGUGGUGAGUCUGCAGGCAGAGUUGGCCUACAUUCAGGCCCGACUUUCAACAUUGCAGCGGCAUCAACACCCAUCUCAACCUGCUCAAAGCCACUCUCAAACAAGUGUUCUUUCCUCGUCGACUUCGGAGAUGCCAUCGAAUUCAAACAUGUCAAUGCAUUUUGAUCAGCUACAGCUACAACCUCAACAUGUAGCAGUAUCAGAAUCAGAAUUGACAAAUGUUUGCCAUCCAUUGGGUCCGCAACUUGAGAAUGAUGAGCUUCAGGCUUUGGCCCGUGACUUUGUGUCUAGAUACUUGCCAGGAGUGAGAUUCAAACCUACAAGCUCUCAAUAGAAUUAAGCUUCUAACCAUUGUCGAACUGGGUUUAAGCUUCUGUUUGAUUACUAGUGCAUCUUGUAUCUGUUUUCAAGCGUAAUGAAAUCGCACUUUUCCUGAGA